AUGGCCGCUGGGGGCUGGAGGAGAAGAAAGGGGGGUGGUGGUCUCAUGGAGCCGGGGGCGGAUGGUGAGUGUGGAGUAGACGGCGAUGGCUACGGCAUGGACAGUGACAGGUGCGGCAUGGAUGGCCGCAACAGAGGGGCGGAACGAGUGCAAACGGCCAGAGGAAGGGGAGGGGGGAUGGUGGUCUCACAAAAUCAGGGGGGAAGACAGAUGCGGACGGCGGCGGGUGCGGCGCGGACGGCCAUGGCAGAGGGGCGGAACGGAUGCAAACGAUCAAAGAGGAGGGGAGGAGGUGGUGGUCUCGUGGAGCCAGGGGCAGACGGCAGGUGCAGAGCGAACGAUGGUGGGUGCGGCACGGACAGCCGUGGUAGAGAGGCGGACGGUUGUGGCAGAGGGCGACAGAGGGGUGGAUGGGCGCAGCAGAGGGGUGGAACAAGUGCGGACGGCUGCGACAGAGGACAGCAGAGGAGUGGAAUGGGCGCAGCAGAGGGGUGGAAUGGGCGUGGACGGUGUUGGGGCGGGGCCAUGGAUGGCGCACUGGAGGAGAGUGGGUGCAGCACCGACAGCUGA